AUGUUUGUCCCUGCUGUAUGUGAAAAUGGCACAAUUUUAAUCAGCGGAGGAUUGGGUGGACUUGGUCUGACAAUGUCAAAGUGGAUGAUCAAAGAUCGUGGUGUGAAACGUCUAGUAUUGAUGUCUCGACGAAGUAUUGAAGAAUUAAAAAACAAUGAUUCACAAUACGAUGACUGGUUGCAUUUGCAGCAAAUUGCAUUAAAAUGCGGUGCUUUUGUCGAAGUCGUGAAAGUCGAUGUUACUUCAUAUGAUCAAGUUUUUGAACUUGUGAAACGAAUCAAUGGAACACAAUAUCCGUUACGUGGUAUUAUCCAUGGAGCUAUGGUUCUAAAGGACAGUCUUUUAACAAAUUUAACGCAAGAAAUAUUAUCACAAGUAAUGAAACCAAAAGUGCAUGGCGCGUGGAAUUUGCAUGUUGCAACACAAGUCACUGCCAGUCCACUUCACUUUUUUGUCAUGUUAUCAUCUCUGCGAAAUCAUGCCGUAAAUUUCGGUGCAUCUAGUUAUAAUGCUGGAAAUGAAUUUCUUGAAUCCUUAGCUCAUUGGCGAUUUAAUCGCAAACAUCUUCCGGCAUUGUCUGUCUGUUUGCCAGCAGUAUCCGGUGCUGGUUUUUUUCACGCGAAUCGUGAAAGAUUGACAGAUAUACUAAUUGCCGAUGGAUACGAAACGUUACCAGCUAUUAUUGUAUUUAAAUUAAUGGAGAAUUUAUAUAUAGAUCAACAAAAGCAAACACGUUUAGAUGCCGUUUCCGUUUCAUGCCCAAUCAUAUUUGCUGCUAAUUGGACAGUACUUCAAUCGAGGCGAGAUGUUCUACAAACAAGACUUGUGGAGAUCGUAGAAGGCGAAUAUCAUCGUAUAACUAAACAAGGCGGUGAAACUAAGAACGGCGAAUAUUUUACAGACUCAAUAAUCAUGGAUAUUGAGACAAUUCGAGAUAAGGUGCGUGCGGCAAUAGCAAAACUAUUUGGCUCAUCGAAUGUCGAUCGAAUUGAUGUUCAAAAAUCAUUGACAGAACAAGGCCUCGAUUCACUCAUGGGGGUCAGUUUAAUCAACUGGAUAGCGAAAGAGUUCAAAGUGAACAUUCCAGCUAGUGAAAUAAUUCAGGGUAUGUCUAUUGAUAAUAUAAGCGAGUAUAUACAAACGAAAUUAGUCGAACGAAAUUCGACAUCCAAUGUCAUUUCGACUGAUCCAGCAGCAGAAACAUUUAACAAGAUUUCAGAAACAAACGAAAGUGUGAUAAAAACCAAAUCCACUGGCGAAGCAUACACUGGCAUAUCAUUCAUUGUACCAUUUUAUCGAUCACCUAACAAUACAGCGUCACCCUCAUUGUUUUGUAUACAUGAUAUCACCGGUUUGGCUCAGACAUUUUCGUCGUUCGCAACCAAAUUACACGAGGUUUGCGAAAAUUCACCAUCAAUCUAUGGUUUUCGUGCCAGUGGCUAUCAGCAACAGGAAUUGCCUAUGAAAACAAUUCAAUCGAUUGCCGAAGAGUAUAUUUCACAAAUGAAAAGAAUACAGCCGUGGGAACCGUAUAUUAUUCUCGGUUAUAAAUUUGGUGCAUUGGUUGCUUACGAAAUGGCAUAUCAACUGAAAAAACUCCAUAACAGCACGGUUCAAUCACUGAUAUUCAUCGAUCCUGACACAUCAAAACAAAAUAACGAUGAAAUGACGGAAAUUGUACAACAACAACAAAAUUCAGUACAUCAUCCAAUGACAAAUGGUGACAUAGCUAUUGAGCCUGCUGGAAUGGUGGAAACUGUAAAACAAAAACAAAAUUCAGUACAUCAUCCAAUGACAAAUGGUGACAUAGCUAUUGAACCUGCAGGAAUGGUGGAAACUGUAAAACAAAAACAAAAUUCAGUACAUUAUCCAAUGACAAAUGGUGACAUAGCUAUUCAGCCUGCUGAAAUGGGAGGAACCAAACAACAAUGUUCUAACGAAGAAAAUCCAAAAGAAUUUGCUGAUCAAGUCAUUAGUGCGUUAGUAGAGGCUAAACAAAAUUAUCAAUUCCACUCUCCAGAUGUGAAAAAUAUCGCUGAAAACAUUCUCAUGAUUAGUAGUGAUAAUAACCAAGAGCAAAGAGAAGUUUGGCAAAAAUUAAUACCACACAUAGAAAUAGAGCAAAUACAAACAACCAAUAAUGACCUAUUCGAAGUAGCAAAUGUUGACAUCGUCAUCAGUAAAGUAAAAGAGACAUUGAAAAACAGAAUCAAGAUGUUUUAA